AUGUCGAGCACUCGAAUGAUAACAAGAUGCGCGCGGGAAGCGCGCAGGUCCCAUACCUCAUCUCUUAAACCGUCCACCCGGUCUCUUUCGUCGUCUACAGGAAGCAUUUGCCUCAAAACUGCUCUAAGGACAUCCACCAAUUCGGCCUCUACCCUUCACGUAGCCGGCCGUGAUUCCGCAUUUCGUUUGUCUCUCCCCGCACGAUCACACGGUCUUAUCCGGAAUGCCUCGACUAUACCAGGAGCCGCUGAAACCUACGUCGCAUAUGGAAUGACUCAGAAGCUUUUCGAUGCGUGCUCGAGUCAGGCAGACUACAAGGUUCCUCAGGCGACGCAGAAGGGCGUUGAGGUUCCUUUGACCGAGUCGGGUGAGCACCUGGGCACCAGUGAUAGUUGGUGGUAUCAAGAGCUGGGUCUUACACCUACCUUCUCUACUUGGUCGCAAAUCACCUUCCUACACAUGUAUCUCUUGACCGUUCGGCUUCGCGCCCUUCCCACCCGCGACAGCGUCCAGACCUACUCCCGCCAUUUGAUUGAUCACUUCUCACACAAUGCCGAGCAUCGCAUGGAUGUCUUGCAUGAUAUUGGAAGCCGAUCUAUCCGCAACAAAUACCUCAAGGAUCUGUUUAUCCAAUGGCGCGGCAUUAUUGCUGCGUACGACGAAGGCUUGGUCAAGGGCGAUGCGGUGCUGGGCGCUGCUGUGUGGAGGAAUCUGUGGAAGGCGAGCCCUACAAGUCCUGAUGGUAAAGACAUUGAUUGGACCAAGGUCGCGUGGGUUGUAGCGUAUAUGCGCCGAGUCCUGGCCGAAAUCUCGAAGAUGUCAGAGGCUGAUAUGGUUAUGGCUUUGAGUAAGGCAAGCAGCACUGACAGUCCUAUCUUUGGCUUUUCUGCUGUUGACAAGAGGAUGGCUGGAGGCAACUGA